CAUGGACGAGUCUGUUGCUAUGGGGCGUUCUAUUGAGCUUCGCCUCUUAGUAUCCAUGCUCUUUGACUCAGGUGUGACUGCUGAGACUCAAGUGUUACUGUUGACAGGUGAGACUCAGGUGUGACUGCUGACAGGUGAGACUCAGGUGUGACUGCUGAGACUCAGGUGUGACUGCUGAGACUCAGGUGUGACUGCUGACUGCUGAGACUCAAGUGUUACUGUUGACAGGUGAGACUCAGGUGUGACUGCUGACAGGUGCGACUCAGGUGUGACAGGUGUAUGUUGUGUCUCCUCAGCUGGUUCAGAUACUGUUGGCUGUUCGUCUCUGGAGCUUCGUGUGCUGCAGCUGUCGGGGUGAAGUAUAUGGGUGUGUUCUCCUACCUGCUGCUGUUGGGCGUGGCCUCUCUGCACACCUGGCAGCUGAUUGGAGACCGAACAGUCAGUCAUCUGAGUGUGUGUGUGCAGUGUGUGUGUCGUGUUGUGUGUCUGUUGGUGGUUCCUGUUCUUCUCUACGUGUUCUGGUUCUACAUCCACCUGACUGUCCUGCACCGCAGCGGACCACAUGACCAGCUGAUGAGCUCUGCCUUCCAGGCCAGUCUGGAGGGCGGUCUCUCCAGGAUCACUCAGGGUCAGCCGUUGGAAGUUGCGUACGGCAGUCAGGUGACCUUAAGAAGCUCCGCAUCCCAGCCCGUCCCAUGCUGGCUUCACUCACACAAAGCCAACUAUCCAAUCAGGUAUGAAACUGGGCGGGGCAGCUCUCACCAGCAGCAGGUCACCUGUUAUCCCUUCAAAGACGUCAACAACUGGUGGAUCAUCAAAGACCCCGGCAGACAGGAGCUGGUGGUCAGCAGCCCGCCUCGACCUGUCCGUCACGGGGAUGUCAUCCAACUGGUUCAUGGGAUGACCUCACGCUUCCUCAACAGCCAUGAUGUCGCAGCUCCCAUGAGCCCUCAUUCUCAGGAGGUGUCGGGUUACAUUGACUUUAACGUUUCCAUGGCAGCACAGAACCUUUGGAGAGUGGACAUCUUUAACAGGGAGGCGGAGUCAGAGUCCUGGAAGACGAUCCUUUCUGAGGUUCGAUUGGUCCACGUCAACACCUCAGCAGUCCUCAAGCUGAGCGGUGUGUCUCUUCCAGACUGGGGUUUCCGUCAGCUUGAGGUCGUCGCUGACAAACUGUUCAAAGGUCACAGCAGCAGUCUGGGAUGGACAGUCGAGGAGCACCGAUAUGGAACCAGUCAGGAGCAGAAGGAGAGGGAGGCGGAGCUUCAUUCUCCGACUCACAUUGACGUGGACAGAAAAAUUUCCUUCUGGGCCAAAUUUUUAGAACUUCAGUGGAAGAUGCUGACGGUGAAACAGGAAGACUCUGAGCACAAAUACAGCUCCUCCCCACUGGAGUGGAUCACCAUGGAAACAAACAUUGCAUACUGGCUGCACUCCUCCACCAAUGCUCAGAUCCAUCUGAUUGGUAACCCUGUGUCAUGGGGCAUGGCGAACUUCAGCCUGCUGGCCUAUCAGCUGCUGGCAGCCGUUUACCUGCUGAGAAGGAGGCGGGGCUUCAAAGAUCUCCCUGAUGGUGUGUGGGGUCAGUUCGUGUGUCUCGGGUGUGUGUGUGUCGGUGGUUGGUUGGUAAACUUCCUGCCGUUCCUCCUGAUGGAGAAAACUCUCUUCCUGUAUCACUACCUGCCCGCCCUCUGCUACCUGCACCUGCUGAGCCCCGCCCUGCUGGAGCACACACACACUCACCUGCUCAGAGCGACACAUCGGCGUGCACUGUGUGUGUGCGUGUCGGCGGUGUUGUUGUCCGUCUUCCUGUCGUAUCGAACCUUCUGCCCUCUGACCUAUGGCAGCCCAGAGCUGUCGGCCAAUCAGCUGCAAGGACUGAAGUGGAGAGACUCCUGGGACAUCCUGUACCGCCGCCGGUAGACAGACAGACGGACAGAGAGACAGAGACAUGUCUCCGUCAGAGGGACAGGGUGACUGACACUCUGAGUCCUGAUCAGUCAGACAGAACUUAUUCUCCCACAAUGCACUGCACAGAGGACACGGAGGAGGGUGGAGGUGAAACAGACCCAGGAGCUGAGGUUUCAUUGUCACAGUUUGACGCAUCACUUCCUGUCAUUUUGAUAGUGGGGAUGUGUUUGACUCAUGGUCGUGGAGACUGAUCAGACGUCCGACUGAAAACUGAACGAACUGAACGUCAAACUUUUCGUUUUCAAACUGGAAAAUAAAUAAAAAGAUGUCGAG